ACUGCAGCCGGAAUAUCGGCCCAUAUCCGGAUCAUACAUCAGGCCCUGUGAGGCCCCUGGCUGAGAGCUGAUGGACCGGAUGAAGAUAAUCAAGCGGCGGCUGUCCAUGAGUCUACGCAGUGCCCGGCCUGUGGACGAGAACCUGGCUGAGCUCACAGAACACACCAGCCUGGACGAUCCAAACGCAGCCAACACACGGGAUAAUGAGCCCAUUGUGUGCCCUGUCCCCCCUCCUGCGUCUCACAGUGCUCCCUCAUUCUUGCGUCAGUAUGCUGGGGGUCUGGGGCGUGGUGGUCUCCGCAGAGACGGUUUGGACCGUCCUUACCUCAGCCUGCACCGGACCGGCUCUCUCGGUAUAGUUCAUGAAAACGUGAAAAUGGGCUCGGAUGGAGAGAGCGAUCAGGCGUCUGGCACAUCCUCUGACGAAGUGCAGAGUCCGGUCAGAGUCCGCAUGAGAAACAACCAUCCCCGCCGCAUUUCCAAUGAGGACAUUAAUAAGCGUCUGUCGUUGCCGGCGGAUAUCCGCUUGCCGGAGGGUUACCUAGAGAAGUUUGCCAUGAACAGUCCCCCCUUUGACAAGCCCCUGAGCCGCAGGCUCCGACGGGCCUCGCUGUCAGAGAUUGGAUUUGGGAAACUGGAGACAUACAUCAAGUUGGACAAACUGGGAGAGGGUACCUAUGCGACAGUGUUUAAGGGGAGGAGUAAGCUGACAGAUAAUCUUGUGGCGCUUAAGGAGAUCCGACUGGAACAUGAGGAAGGUGCACCCUGCACUGCCAUACGAGAAGUGUCUCUCCUGAAGGACUUGAAACAUGCCAACAUCGUCACUCUCCACGACAUCAUCCACACAGACAAGUGCCUCACACUCGUCUUUGAGUACUUGGAAAGGGAUCUGAAACAGUACAUGGAUGACUGUGGGAGUAUCAUGAGCAUUCACAAUGUUAAGAUCUUCCUCUUUCAGCUGUUGAGAGGUUUGGCGUACUGUCAUCGGCGGAAAGUUCUCCACAGAGACUUGAAACCUCAGAACCUCCUCAUCAACGACCGGGGGGAACUCAAACUGGCUGAUUUCGGGCUGGCGAGGGCCAAGUCAGUACCCACUAAAACAUAUUCUAAUGAGGUGGUGACGCUCUGGUACAGACCUCCUGAUGUCCUGCUUGGAUCCACAGAGUACUCUACACCUAUUGAUAUGUGGGGUGUUGGUUGUAUAUUCUAUGAGAUGAUCACAGGAAGGCCACUGUUCCCAGGCUCUACAGUAGAUGACCAACUACACCUCAUAUUCCGCAUCUUAGGUACACCCACAGAGUCAUCUUGGCCAGGAAUCAGUAGCAAUGAAGAGUUUAAGACGUACAACUUCCCACAUUAUCGCACUGAACCACUUGUCAACCAUGCACCCAGGAUAGACACUGAUGGUAAUGACCUUUUAACCAAAUUACUUCAGUUUGAGGCAAGGAGGCGAGUGUCUGCAGAGGAGGCCAUGAGACAUCUGUAUUUCAAGAGUCUAGGGGAACAGGUGCAGCACCUUCCAGACACUGCCUCUAUCUUCUCUGUGAGGGAGAUCCAGCUUCAGAAGGACCCAGGGAGACGGACCACAACUUACCCAGAGUCAGCCCUGGCCCGAAAGAUGGGCUCAGCCCGAUCGGAAUAUUUCCAGAGAGAAGGAGCCAAUCCCGUGCCGCGUCCCGCCCCCUCUUCCCCUUCCACUGGCUGA